AUGAGUAAUCUCAAGAGCGUGGGCCAGAGUGGGAAGUCGAAAAAUGGACCAGAAGAAGAGAAGGGCAAACCACUUCUGUUCGGUGGCGCCAUCGAGAGUGGCGCCCCAGAGGCAGAUGCCCUGCAUACUGCCUCUGCGUUGUCGAAACCGCGUAGCGGGGUGAAACCUUGCCCUGAGAUCUACGGGCUCAGGCAAGGCUCGGGCGGGCAGCCGCUCGGGCGGCCCAUCAAGACUGAGUCAGAGCCCCUCCCGGGGGGAAAUGACGUCACCGAUGUCAGUCAAAUCAAGAUCGUUCAGGUCGAGAAAAAGCAUGUGUGCCAUGAGUGCGGCAAAGCCUUCCAGUACAAAUUCGAGCUGGUGAAGCACCACCGGACCCACACGGGCGAGAAGCCCUACCAGUGCCUGGCCUGCGGGAAGCGCUUCUUCCAGAGCACCCACCUCAACGCCCACCUGCGCAUCCACACGGGCGAGAAGCCCUAUGAGUGCCCCCGGUGCGGGCGGAGCUUCAACCGGCGCUCCACCCUGACGGAGCACCUGAGGAUCCACACCGGGGAGAAGCCGUACAAGUGCCUGCAGUGCGGGGAGAGCUUCCGCUGGAGGCCCUACCUGACCAAGCACCAGCGGGCCCACCUGGGAGAAGACACCUACAGGUACUUCGAGGGCGGGGACGGCCUUUAUGACGGCGCAUCCUUCUCUGAGCAUCCGGAGGAAAGCCAGCCAGAAUAUUUAACAUCCACCCCCGAUUUAAUCUCCCAUGUGGGUUCCCAACGAGAGCCAUGGCUGCCGUGGGUCCAGCACUCGGAGGAACGGGAGAACCAAGGGAGUCGCGGCAGAGGCAAGGAUCGAGUUGAACCGUCUCGGGUCCUCUCUGAGGGAGAAGCUGAAGGGCAGGAUUCACCCACAGGCCCUGCUCCCAUUUACAAUGGGACAGGAUCCAGUGAUGCUUGUGACAACAUGACAACGGAAGAUCCGGCAGAAGAUCCACCAUGGAGUGGCCUUGAGAUAGGAGAAGUCAGUGACGUGUUACCAUGCAGCUCUAAUGGAGAUGCUCCCGUACGGCCUGGGGCGGUUUCUAAAAGCAGGAACGCUUGAGGAGAGAAUGGAAUGAAUGAAUCCGCCGAACCUAAAGUCGUCCCUGUCCCUCAGCUCCUGAUUUCGUCUCUGGAGAAGGUGACCGUGGGGAUGCAGAAGCAGCCUGGUGGCUGGAAGACGACAGCACCCAUUGCAAAACCCUUUUGUCCAGAAGAAAGAAAACGGGGGCCUUUAGAGGCCCGAGGCAUCUUGCAACGUUUUCCCUUGAAAAAAACUCAAAAAACUCAACAGUGUUCUUUCUUUCUCCUCCAGUAUUAAUGGCAUCAUCCAGUAUGUAUAACUCUGGGGGGCAGGGGGAGGGGGUGCCUUUAACCAGAUAAAAUAAUAUAAUUUUAUUACUCUCAGAAAGACCAGCAUACAGACAUUUCUGAUAGAAACCCCAUAUUUCUCAGCAUAACAAAACCAAGAUAUCCCAAUUUUUUUGUUCAGGUCUCUGCAUUCCUGGAUGUAGCGAUUUGCAUUUCCCAGCGUAUGAUACACAGAAUAAGCAAGGACAUAAAACUUACCAACAGUGGCCUAAUUUUGGUCUGGUGGCAAUCAGUGUACCUAAUAUUCAGGCUUACUCCCUGGCGAAUGUAAAAACAGUAUGAUCGGGGAAAAAGAGGCUUGUGAAGAAUGUGCUCCCCCAUUUCUGCUUUUCCUGUCCCAUUCACAAGGUGUCCUUAACUAAGAUAUUAAUCUUUUGAGGUCCAUGUUGAUCUCUUUGGUUUGCAUUGAUUAAUUCAGGAGCAUGUUUUAUAACCCAGGGAUAUGCUAAUGUUUGUGACCAGAGAUAAAACUUUUUAAAAGAGUGAAUUGCAA